AUGGGCAUUGAUAUCACAGGUCUUGGUAGUACGGGAUCUGGCAUCGCUGGUCUUGUUACCACAUGUCUUGGCACCACGGAAUCCGGCUCCGCGGGUCUUGAUACCACGGGUCUUGAUACCACGGGUCUUGAUACCACGGGUCUUAUUAUCACAGGGUCUGGCUCCGUGGGUCUUGAUACCACGGGUCUUAUUAUCACAGGCUCUGGUGCCGUGGGUCUUGAUAUCAUGGGUCUUAUUAUCACAGGCCUUGGUAUCACGGGUCUCGGCAAAGAUUCCACAAGACUCGGAGGAGGACUUUGGUGUUCUGCUAUUGGUCUAAAGCAUUGA